AUGGCCGAGUCCCCCAACUCCCAACCUACCGAUAAUACUCUCGACUCGCUUGCUCUUUACACCCGCUCGUUGCACAAUUAUACUCUCGCGCUUUGGACAGAAUCGCGGAGAAUUGCAGAAGAGAAGGCUCGCAGUGAGGGUUCUCCGACCGUUCAAUCGUCAUCUGUCCACUCGCCCACAUCAAACGAGAUAAAGGAGAAGAUCGAGGUCCUUCAGUUGACGCCAUCCACGUCUUCGGUUGAUACAGACGUAUUGGCGCCGACGAAUCACCCGGACGCAGACAGGCAAGAGGAUGCCACAUUAUCUGGCUAG